CCGCUAUUCAAAUUAUCCCGCUUUACCCUCCAAAUAUUAUACGAGAAGAAUUUCAAAAUUUGCUAUAAUUAAAUAUUAAUCGCUUUCGGGAUAUGGCUUUAGAUGUGCAUACGCAAUUUCAAUGUUUUAUAUCUCCAUUAAUAGUAUUGUAUGUGUAUAAUAAUAAACAAAUAAGAUAUUAAUAUAUUACGUUAAAAUAUUCACGUAGAUAUACAGAAACACUAUAAUGAAAUAAUCUUUUCUAUAUACUUCUCAUAGUUUAGUUGGCAUUAUUUUUAGAUAUCACCGUUUUAAUAGGAAUUCUUUUUUUAUAUAUAGAUAUUUAUAUAUAGAAAUAAAAUAUAAUUAUAUUUUACUUUAUGCAUAAAACGUGCGCGUAUACUUGAUGCCAUUUUUGUACAUAUUGUAAAAAAUAAGAUUAUACUAACAUAAUUAACUGGACACAUAUUAUAAGAGUAAAUUGUAUACUCCACUUAUAAACAACAAGAAGAAAAGAUGAGUACAUGAGGAAAGGUAGCCAGGAUGCCCGUGCAUACACCGCAUUAUUUCACAUCGAGGUGUACCCUUCGGUGGCACAAGAUCGACUGACGCAGCGAAAGGUACGAUUGCCCAUUGCGCUUGCGCUUACGUACAUUGAAACAUCUCUUUUUCUUGUAUUUUCUUUUUUAUGUCUAGCAAUUUACUAAUUGCGUGAAAUAUCUUUUUUAUGUGGUACAUCGAUACAUUGUUUGGUACACGUACAGCCCAUAUUACAUCUAUAAGUUACAUCUAUUUUUCAUCGUAUAAUAAAGAAAAAUUCCUAAACUUUAAAUUUACAUCAAUUUCGUCUUAACAUCAGAUAUUAUAGAAGAUAUUAUAGUAGACGAUAUUAUAAUAAAAAUUUGAUAAGAAAGAGAUGAUAUUCAAUGUCCUAGUCGGAAGCUCAGUCAUUCGGUUCUUCAUUAACAAAGCUGCUCGCUCCAUCACUCUAAAAAUGAUAUUUGCAGGGGCACGCUGUUUAAAGUUCCAUCGAACUCUGCUUAUGAUUGUGGGAUUAUGGCCAUAUCAGAAACCAUUUAUUUGGCAAAUACAAACAGUUUUCUUUUUCGGUGCAUACUGCUGCAUGUUAUUUCUUCAGGUAUUACUAUGAUCUAUUUCUUAAAGUUUACGCCGUUUUUAACGACGACUUGUAACAUGGAAUGUAUCCUAAAAAGGUUUUCUUAUAUUUGUAUUACUUUCAUUUUUAUGUUGAAUUACUACUCAUUCUACUUCAAUUCUGAAGUUGUAAAGCAGAUGUUCGGACAUAUGCAGUUUGACUGGAAACUGUUUGAAAAUAGUGACGCAAUGAAAAUAUUUGAAGAAUAUCUCUCUGAAUCUUAUAUUUUCGCACUAUUUCUGUGCUUUCUUUUUGUCAUAACUGUACCUCUUAUUACGAUUAUGGAACAUAGAUCUAUCAUUCUUGAUGUUAUCGCUCCAAUGAAUGCAUCUCGACCACGAAAACGUGAAAUAGAUCUUGAAUUCUUCGUCAAUGAAGAACAAUAUUUUUGUUUUUUGUUAGUGCUGGAGGGAAUAGGAGUAGGAGUAGGAUUUUGGACGCUGCUUACGACUGGAACCUUCCUAAUUACAGUAGCGAAACAUUCAUGUGCAGCAUAUAAAAUUGUUAGUAAUGUAAUGCAAAAUACAGUAACUAUCCAUACGCUGCAACUUCCUGUUGUUCAAAGAAUACAAUACAUGCACCGGAAUAUUUGUUUUUCAGUGUACAUUCAUAGAAGAACAAUGGAGUUCUGCAAAAGCUUGGUACUUUCGUUUGAUAUGUGGUAUUUUCCAAUAGUUCUUAUUGGCGUCUUGUCCUUAAGUUGCAUUCUAUUUCGCCUAUAUAAUGCUGUAAUGCAGUUCAAUGGCUUCAUUGAUAUUUUAAUGUCCUCUGGAUUUUUAUUUGGCUGUUUCCUAUAUAUACUUAUGGCGAAUUUUCUUGCACAGUCUUAUACUGACCAUAGUGUAGGAGUAUUACAAUCAACGUAUGAUACUCUUUGGUAUAUAGCGCCACUACCUACUCAGAAAUUGUUCUUGAUUAUGCAAAAAUGUAUAAGGAGUCAUAAAGUAAUUUUGGGUGGUCUUUUCAUUAUGUCGAUAGAAGGAUUUUCUACGCUUGUGACUACGGCUGUAUCAUAUUUUACUGUUAUGAACGCUAUGCGCUUAUGAGUGACGAAGAAAUAGCGAAGAAGAUAUAGUUAUUAUAUUAUAGCAACGCUUACAUACUUGUUCUUAGAAAGAUAAAUGGUGAAAGCUUUUAAAGAAAGAAAGGAGCUGUCUAUGUUAUUUUAUACGUCAGAAAUAUAUGUAAUUGGCACGUAUCGACUAUUUCGGGCAAGAUAGUUCAUUAAAUUUGGCAGUUUAAAUUUUAUUUUAUUAUUUUAUCUACUUGUUUUCUUUGUGGGGAAUAUUAUUUGCUAAUUAUACUUUGUAAAACAUUUAUUACUAAAUUUGAUGUUGUAAUUCUAUAUUGUAAUUAAUUACGAUGUGUGAUAAAAUAUUAAUAUACUGUUCCAUUGCUCUACUUAUUAUGACAACCGUAAUCAUUAUGCAAUCAUGCAAUCAUUGUGUAUGAUCAAGAGACAUUGUAGUGUCUCGCGCCAAGGAGCAAUGCUCGAGCGGGGAGACCCCCUCCCCCCAUAAUUUUUUACGCGAAUUAUAUUUUUAAUUCUUCUAAAUCAUCAAUAAUUAUUAUAACUGAUAUCCAUUUGUGAAAUUUGCCAAUAUACUAUCCUCGCCCGAUUGUAUAUUAAAAUGUAUAUUGAAAAAAGUGAUAGUCAUACAUAACUUAGAGUUUCUUUGAAAAGGCACAAGAAAGUUGUGCAUGCUAGAGACCCUGAACCAGAGAUCGCCCAAUGAGUGAUCGAUUUUUGAUUGGCUCGCACCACUGGGGUAUAACCGGAAUUGUGAAAAUAUAGACAGGAAAAAA